AUGUCGCUCCUCCGACAGACAGCCUCGAGCCAGCUCGGCCGUCCGCUCGCGGGCCUGGCUGCCGCCUCGGCCCGCCAGUGUGCCCAGCCCAUGCUUCGAUCGACGCCCACUCCCGCUUCGCGACGUGGACGAGCCACGGCUGUGGACCCUGCGGACCCCGCUGCCCACGGUAUUGCCUCGUCUUCGGCCUCGGCCCUGGGUGCGGCGCCCGCAGCCAAGGAGGGUGACAUCCGCCACAACUGGUCGCGAAGCGAGGUUCAGAAGAUCUACGACUCGCCGCUUCUCGAGCUCGUCUUCCGCUCCGCCAACGUCCACCGCAUGCACCACCCCGUCAACCGCGUCCAGCUCUGCACGCUCAUGAACAUCAAGGAGGGCGGCUGCUCCGAGGACUGCGGCUACUGCUCCCAGUCGAGCAAGUACGAGACGCCCUCCGGCGCCUCCAAGCUCGAGGAUCUCGAGACGGUGCUCACCGAGGCGCGCAAGGCCAAGGCCAACGGCAGCACGCGCUUCUGCAUGGGUGCCGCCUGGAGAGAGGUCGGCGGUCGCAAGCGCGGCUUCAACCGCAUCCUCGACAUGGUGCGCGAGAUCCGCGGCAUGGGCAUGGAGGUCUGCACCACCCUCGGCAUGCUCUCGCCCGAGCAGGCCAAGCAGCUCAAGGAGGCCGGCCUCACCGCCUACAACCACAACCUCGACACCUCGCGCGAGUACUACGGCAAGGUCGUCACCACGCGCAGCUACGACGACCGCAUCGGCACCAUCGCCAACGUGCGUGAGGCGGGCAUCUCGGUCUGCUCCGGCGGUAUUCUGGGUCUGGGCGAGGAGCACGAGGACCGCGUCGGUCUCAUCUGGGAGAUGGGCACGCUUCCCGAGCAUCCCGAGAGCUUCCCGGUGAAUGCGCUCGUCGCCAUCCCCGGUACGCCCAUGGAGAACAACAAGCCCAUCUCGUUCCAGGACAUGCUGCGCACGGUCGCAACCGCACGCAUCGUCCUGCCCGGUUCCAUCAUCCGUCUUGCCGCAGGUCGUCACCUCUUCACCGAGUCCGAACAGGCCAUGGCCUUCCUGGCGGGUGCCAACGCCAUCUUCACGGGCGAGCGCAUGCUCACCACCCCUACCUCGUCGUGGGAUGACGACAAGUCCAUGCUUGCCCGAUGGGGCCUGCGUGGCAUGGAGAGCUUCGAGGACAAGACCAUGGCUCCCCACAAGCCCGCUGUCGACGCUGCUGCCGCGGAAGAGCGCCGCGCAAAGGCUCAGGCCAGCCAAGCCUUCCAGAGCGCCUAG